GCAUUUUGGGUGGGUUGCCCAGUCCUCCUGAAGGGAGAACGGGACUUAGGAGUCAGGCCCCCCGCUUCGUACAAAGACGCACUUCUAGGCAGGGCGUCUCUGGGUGCAGCACAGCGGUUGAAGAGGCUGAGAGUGCGACAAUGUCCCUUUGCUUCUCGGCCCAAGGGCUGGCCUCGAGGACGAGGAGCUCCCAGGACCCCAGUGCAAGGGCGCAAACCGUAACUCCAUCGCACUCCCCCGCCCUGGCAGCUUGGCCCCCUUCGCGCUGAGGUCAUCUCCCGUAGCCACGCUGCCUUCGGACCUCGCGGGCCAUUUGGUCCCCGGGGGCGGAGCUCGCGGGGCAGCCCCGACAGGAGGGCGGGAGUGACCCCGGGAGGUCUCAGGGCGAGGAGGCGGAGGAGAAGGAGCAGCUCCGGGCAGCCCCGGCCGGGGGCUUUUACCUCGCCAGGGGUAAAAGCGGGGCCGCUUCCGUGACUGCUGCCUUAGAAAACAUUUAACGAGAACCAGAUGUGGCGGCCGCUGUCGAACUUUCUCAGAGUCGUUGAUUGGUCCCCGGCCCAGGGCCGCAGCCAGUUAACGUGCUAGGAGGGUCCGGAGGCCCGCCCCACCCGGGCGCCCGCGGGGAUCCAGGUUAGAGGCUGGCGCGGCGCCGCUAGUGGGCUGGCGGGCAGGGCCGGGACGCGCUGGGCGGCUGGGCAGUUCGGGGGCUAAGCGAGCAUGCGGGGGGACCGGGCGGCUGGGCGGCAGGCGCUGCUGUCGCCGCCGCCGUCGUUGCUGCUGCUGCUGCUGCAGCUGUCCAGGGCCGCGGCGCUGCACCCAGGCGAGCUCUUCCCCUACGGGCAGUCUCGGGGGGACCAGCUCCUGCAGGAAGGCGACGACGAAAGCUCAGCCGCGGUGAAGCUGGCGAGUCCCCUGCGCUUCUACGAAGCCCAGUUCAGCUACCUCUACGUGGGCACCAACGGCAUCAUCUCCACCCAGGACUUCCCCAGGGAGACCCAGUAUGUGGACGAUGGUUUCCCCACGGACUUCCCAGCCAUUGCUCCCUUUCUGGCUGACAUCGACACGAGCCAGGGCAGGGGCAGAGUCCUGUACCGCGAGGACACGUCUCCGGAGGUGCUGGGCCUGGCAGCCCGCUACGUGCGCGCAGGUUUCCCCCGCGCCGCAGCGCACUUCUCCCCUACCCACGCCUUCUUGGCCACCUGGGAGCAGGUGGGCGCCUACCAGGAGGCCACGCGCGGGGAGCCACCCUCGGGACAGCUGAAUACUUUUCAGGCAGUUGUGGCAUCUGAUGAGUCUGAUACCUACGCCCUGUUUCUUUAUCCUGCCAAUGGCCUCCAGUUCUUCGGAACCCGCCCCAAAGAGUCCUACAACGUCCAGCUCGAGCUCCCAGCCCGGGUGGGCUUCUGCCGAGGGGAAGCCGAUGACCUAAAAAGAGAGGGACCGUAUUUCAGCUUGACUAGCACUGAACAGUCUGUGAAAAAUCUCUACCAACACAGCAACCUGGGGAUUCCUGGAGUGUGGGCUUUUCAUAUUGGCAGCACCUCCCCCUUGGACAAUGUCAAGCCAGCAACAGUCGGAGGAGACCUUUCCAAAGCCCGCUCUUCGGCUCCGCUGGAACAUUCCUUCAGCCAUGCUGCAGCCCUGGAAAGCGACUACACUGAGGACGAUUUGGAUUAUUAUGAUGAGAAUGAGGAGGAAGUUGAAUACCCCCCGAGUGAACCAGAGUUGGCCGCGAAUGGCCACAGCAGUGUCGAUGUUUCCUUCUCCUCAAAAGCUGAUUCAAGGCAUUUCGCAGUUGGUAUCUCUCCUUCAGAUAACAACCUGGCCUCCCCUUUGCCACAUUCAACACCUCGGCCACUCUACCCUGAAACAGAAUCUGCCACCUUGGACCCUCAAAUCAAAGAGAGGAGACCUGUAGGGGAGAUAGGUGUCCCUCAAAUAAGAGAGCGAGUAGAAUCUGCUGAACAGCCAGGGACCAGAGGCCCAGCUGCAACAGAGACAGAAGGAGAUUCACUGGACCCUUCCCGGGCAACCCCACCUCCCUACCUUGAAAACAGAAACAUGCAGCCCUAUCCAGAUGGAGGGGCACUGCCUUCAGAAAGGGAUGUCCCUCCGGCCGAGCCCGAAAGAGAGGUGGUUCUGCCAGGUCACACUCCACCAUGGGGUCCUGGGAGACACGUGGUAGGGGUAGAAGACAACAUCAGAUCCAAUGCGGAGGUCUUCACGUAUAAUGCUUCCAACAAGGAGACCUGUGAACGCAACCACCGACAGUGCUCCCAGCAUGCCUUCUGCACUGACUACGCCACCGGCUAUUGCUGCCACUGCCAGUCCAGGUUUUAUGGCAAUGGGAAGCACUGUCUGCCAGCAGGGGCACCUCAUCGAGUCAAUGGGAAAGUGAGCGGCCACCUCCGUGUGGGCCCCACGCCCGUGCACUUCGCCGAUGUGGACCUGCACGCUUACAUCGUGAGCAAUGACGGCAGGGCUUACACGGCUAUCAGCCACAUCCCACAGCCCGCGGCCCAGGCCCUUCUCCCCCUCACACCCAUCGGAGGCCUGUUUGGCUGGCUCUUUGCUUUAGAGAAACCAGGCUGGGAGAAUGGCUUCAGCCUCACAGGUGCUACAUUUAUCCAUGACAUGGAAGUUACUUUCUACCCAGGAGAGGAGAAGGUUCGAAUCACUCAAACUGCUGAGGAGCUUGACACAGAGAACUAUCUGAAUAUUAAGACCAACAUUCAAGGACAAGUACCUUACAUCCCAGCAAGCUUCACAGCUCACAUUGCUCCCUACAAGGAGCUUUACCACUAUUCGGACUCAGCUGUGACUUCCACCAGUUCCAGAGACUACUCUCUCACAUUUGGUGCCAUCAACCAAACAUUGUCCUACCGCAUCCACCAGAACAUCACUUACCAGGCGUGCAGGCAUGUCCCCAGACACCCGGGCGUCCCCACCACCCAGCAGCUCAAUGUGGACCGCAUAUUUGCUUUGUACAACGAUGAAGAAAAAGUGCUUAGAUUUGCGGUGACUAAUCAGAUUGGCCCUGUUGAAGAGAACUCAGACCCCAACCCAGUGAAUCCUUGCUAUGAUGGGAGCCACACAUGUGACAUGACAGCUCAGUGCCAUCCAGGGACAGGUGUGGAAUACACCUGUGAGUGCGCACCUGGGUACCAUGGCGAUGGAAGGAAUUGUGUGGAUUUAAAUGAAUGUGCAACCGGCUUCCAUCGCUGUGGCCCCAACUCUGUGUGUAUCAACUUACCGGGAAGAUAUACGUGUGAAUGCCGGAAUGGCUACGAGUUUGCAGACGACCAGCACACUUGCAUCUUGGUUGCCCCGCCUCCCAACCCCUGUGAGGAUGGCAGCCAUACCUGUGCUCCUGCUGACCAGGCCCGGUGCGUUCACCACGGAGGCAGCACGUUCAGCUGCACCUGCCUGCCUGGUUAUGCUGGCAACGGACAGCAGUGUGCCGAUGUUGAUGAAUGUGCGGAAAACAGAUGUCACCCCUCGGCUACCUGCUACAAUACCCCUGGUUCCUUCUCCUGCCGCUGCCAAGCUGGCUAUCACGGGGAUGGACUUCAGUGCACACUUGCCCCCACCUCAGGACUGAAGCCCUGUGAACACCAGCAGCGCAAUGCUCAGGCUCAACACACCUAUCCCGGUUCCCGGAUCCACAUCCCACAGUGUGACGAGCAGGGCAACUUCCUGCCGCUGCAGUGUCAUGGCAGCACCGGCUUCUGCUGGUGCGUGGACCCUGACGGUCAUGAAGUCCCUGGGACCCGGACUCCGCCUGGCUCCACUCCACCUCACUGUGGACCACCAGAGCCCACCCAGAGGCCCCGGACCGUCUGUGAGCGCUGGAGGGAAAACCUGCUGGAGCACUAUGGCGGCACGCCCAGGGACGACCAGUACGUGCCCCAGUGCGAUGACCUGGGCCACUUCACCCCCCUGCAGUGCCAUGGGAAGAGUGACUUCUGCUGGUGUGUGGACAAAGACGGCCGAGAGGUGCAAGGCACCCGCUCCCAGCCAGGCAGCACCCCUGCAUGUAUACCCACAGUUGCUCCACCCAUGAUCCGGCCCACGCCCAGGCCUGACGUGACCCCUCCGUCCGUGGGCACCUUCCUGCUCUAUGCCCAGGGCCAGCAAAUUGGCCACUUGCCCCUCAAUGGUACCCGGCUUCAGAAGGACUCGGCCAAGACCCUGCUGUCACUGCAUGGCUCCAUAGUUGUGGGAAUUGAUUACGACUGCCGGGAGAGGAUGGUGUACUGGACGGACGUCGCUGGACGGACGAUUAGCCGAGCCAGUCUGGAGCUGGGAGCAGAGCCCGAGAUAAUCAUUAACUCAGGUCUGAUAAGCCCUGAAGGACUUGCCAUUGACCACUUUCGUAGAACGAUGUACUGGACUGACAGUGGCCUGGAUAAGAUAGAGAGGGCCAAGCUGGAUGGCUCUGAACGCAGGGUCCUCUUCCACACAGACCUGGUGAACCCCCGAGCUAUUGCCGUGGAUCCGAUCCGAGGGUCAGCUGUAUUUAAGGAUCUACUCAUGUCAGGAACUGUUCUGUUAUACUUUGGAUCAGAUGAUCAGGCAAGGGAUGGUGUUAUAUCAGUAAAUAGAAACAGUGGCCAGUUUACUGAUGAGUAUCUUCCAGAGCAGCGAUCUCAUCUCUACGGGAUAACUGCCGUCUACCCCUACUGCCCAACAGGUAAAUGA